ACCCCGUCUCAGUCGUCUGCCAGCUUCCUUGGAUCCUACGUCACCGGAUUACGUCGCGUCGAGACCCGCGUCCAUGUGGUUCUUCGUUUGAAGUGCGGAGUCGGAAUCGAUUUGUUACAGCGCGAGGCGCCGCCGUUUCAGCCGCUGGAUUUUGUUAGUGACCGUCGGGCCCGUGACCAGCUUGGAAUUCUCCCACGACUUCAGGGGGAUUCUCGAGCAAAGAUGGCGGCCAAUAAGAUGAACAACAAGUUGGAUUAUUUCAAAAUGCUCGAUUACACGCCACCGGUUCUUCCCAAGGAACUGGAAGCGUUCCCGGACAGAGUGGCAGAAGUUUACGUUGGCAAAACUAUUUUCAUAACGGGUGGCAGUGGGUUUCUGGGUCGGGUGCUCAUCGAGAAAAUCCUGCGGAAAAGCCCCGAUGUCAAACACAUUUACAUGCUCCUCAGGCCCAAGAAAGGCAAGGACCCCAGACAGAGGGUCGAAGAGCUUUUCAACUCUCCCCUUUUCGAUCUGCUGAAGAUAAUGAGGGGCGAGGAAAUCACGAAGAAGGUUUCGUGCGUUGCCGGUGACGUCAUGGAGCCUAACCUUGGGCUCAGCAGCGAGGACAGGAAAAUGUUGGCCGAGGAGGUGGAAAUAGUUUUCCACGGUGCAGCCACUAUCCGAUUCGACGAGCCUCUCAGGAAAGCUGUCCUCCUCAACACCCGCGGAACCAAAUACACCCUUGAACUCGCUAAGGAGAUGAAAAAAUUGCUAGUGUUUGUACAUAUUUCUACCUCUUAUUGUCACUUACAAGAAAAAGUUCUGUACGAGAAGUCAUACCCACCGGCAGCAAAUCCUCACAAAAUCAUCAAAAGCGUCGAACUCAUGGACGAAGCGCUAGUCGAAUCUGUAGCCAAAAAAAUCCUCGAAAACUUCCCGAACUCUUACGCUUACACCAAAAAUCUUUCAGAAGGAUUAGUAGUAGAAUUUACGGAGGCUGGACUUCCUGCUAUGAUUCUUAGACCUUCCAUUGUGAUUCCGGUGUGGAAGGAGCCCCUUCCCGGUUGGACGGAUAACAUCAACGGACCUACCGGCCUUUUGAUUGGGGCUGGCAAGGGUGUGAUUAGGACUAUGUAUUGUAAUAAUAAAGGAUACGCCGAUUAUUUGCCUGUUGAUAUCUGUGUCAAUGGUAUCCUGUUGGCCGCUUGGAAUUACAUGUACAACAAGGACUUCGAACGGAAUAUAUGCCAUCUAACUUCGAGUCAAGAGUGGCAGAUCUCCUGGCAAGAAAUCAUAGAUGUAGGCAAAGACAUCGUGACAUCAGACGUGCCUCUGAACGGAGGGAUCUGGUAUCCCGGAGGCAGCAUGAAGACUAGCCGAUUUCUUCACAAUAUUUGCACCAUUUUGUUUCACUGGAUUCCCGCCUACUUUUUGGAUGCCAUUAUUUUCUUGUCCGGCAACAAACCUGUGUUAUGCCGGGUCCAUGACCGAGUGCAAAAAGGAUUCGAAGUGUUCGAGUACUACGCAAACAACCAAUGGGAGUUCCGGAACGAGCAUGUGCACUACCUGCGGAAAAUCCUCAACAAGAGGGAGCGUUUCGAGUAUAAAAUCGAUGGCGAAGACAUGGACAUCAGGGGUUACUUCAUGAAUUGCGUCAUGGCCGCCCGAAUCUUCAUUCUCAAGGAGAUGCCCGAGUCUCUGCCCUCCGCCAAGAGGCACAUGAGAAUGCUUUACUGGCUGGAUUGGCUCACCACACUGAUGUUUUACGGAUUCAUCAUGUGGUUUUUCUUCAACAACUCGGAAUUUUUCCUGGCGGUACUGUCCAAGAUCAGCAGUCUUUUCUUCUCAUCGGCAUCUACUGGAGACCUCACACACGCGAGAGAAGCAGCCAGCGUGAAAGACCUGUAAUACUCACUUUCUAGAGUCGAAAACUACAUUAUAAAAGCUGUGAUGGAGUCCAAUUUGCUUUAUUUUAAGUGACUGUUUGCACGAACGGAAACUUCAUCCUUCAUUUUCAUAUCCUAAAAAGUGGCCGAUGAAGAAACUAAAUUAAGGCGUCAAUCUAAAAAAAGUAUUGAUCAGGCACCCAGGAUGUAAUCAAACUCUCAAAUGCUGAUUUACCUUCAUCUAUUGAUAAUCUUCCCAUGACAUUCAGUGAAACAAGUUAUUGGGAGAGAUCGGACAUGAAUUUUUUUACGAACUCUAGCUUCUUUUGAUGUCUGCUUCGCUCAGCAAUUCUGCAAAUUUUGAAAGGUGCCUCUUAAGGAAAAUUUUACGAGAAAAACCAAUGGGACCUCGCUAUAACUUUAACGUAUAGCAUAAAAAAAGACAUAAGCUUUUAAAUUUUUCAUUCAUGCCUGAUCUCGUCCACUGACUUCCUUCACUGCGCGACGUAAAUUUUAUAUCGCUUCAUUAGCAUUUAAACGUUUUUCAUGUUUCUUUCAACAUCCGAAAA